ACCUUUACCUCGGACGUGUGGUCGGCCAACCCUCUUCCCCAUCUUUUGCCUCUCGAGAAGCUUCUGCUGCGUUUGUUACUGUAGUUGCUUUAUAAUCGUCAUACCCAGGAGAUUGGAACUGCCCCGCUUUGUUUGGAAGGUGUGGUGACCCUCUGAUGAAAUAUAAAGGUACCUGUAGAUCUUGGUUGAGAACCUAGAUAAUAAUAACCCUCAUUCAUACACCGAUCUAAACAUCUCCUGUAUUAUCUACGGCCUGCCUUGGCUUCUCUUGAUACAUAACCAUCCAUUCAUCCAUUCAUCCCCAUCCAUAACUACACCUUAUCACCAUGUCCCAGAACAAGGCCCUCGUCUACAAAAAGGUUCCUCAGGGAUACCCCGUCCCCGGACAGGAUAUCGUUGUCGAGCCUGUGCCAGUCGACCCCAGCUCGCCAGCUCCCGCAAAUGGUGUUGUUCUCCAGUCUCUCUACGCUAGCUUUGAUCCUUAUAUGCGUGGCCGUAUGCGCCCCGCCGAGGUGAAGUCCUAUUCGCCUCCCUUCACUAUCAACAAGCCCAUCGACACCCGCUCCAUCGCCAAGGUCCUCCGCUCCAACAACUCAAAGUACAAGGAAAGCGAUCUGGUUAUCGGCUUCGUUCCUAUCCAGGAGUACAUUGUCCUGGACGAACAGUCGAUGGCCCGCAUUCAACCUCUUGAGAACCCUCUGGGCAUCGAGGAUAUUCGUGUCUUCCUGGGUGCCCUCGGUAUGCCCGGCCUGACCGCCUACUCGUCCUUGUACGAGAUCGGCAAGCCCAAGAAAGGCGAGACCAUCUUCGUUUCUGCUGCCAGCGGCGCCGUUGGCCAGCUGGUUGGUCAGCUCGCUAAGCACGAGGGUCUUAAGGUUAUCGGCAGCGUCGGAUCGGACGACAAGCUGGAAUACAUUACCAAGGAGCUGAACUUCGACGGUGGCUUCAACUACAAGACCGAGAAACCCGGCGAUGCGCUGGCUCGCUUGGCUCCUCAGGGUAUCGACAUCUAUUAUGAGAACGUCGGAGGCGAACACCUUGAGGCUGCUCUGAAUGCCAUGAACGACUUCGGUCGUGUCGUGGUUUGCGGUAUGAUCUCGCAGUACAACUCGGCGCCCUACCCGAUCAAGAACAUCCAGUACGUAUUAACUAAGCGCGUGACGAUGCGCGGUUUCAUUGUCGGUGAUGCUGGUAUGGGUGACAAGUACGCCAAGGAGCACCAGGAGAAUGUGCAGAGGUGGAUCAAGGAAGGCUCUUUCAAGGCUUUGACUCACGAAACGGUUGGCAUUGACAAUGCCGCUGACGGUCUACUUGGUAUCUUCCACGGAAAGAACAAGGGCAAGGCCGUCCUGAAGUUCUAAGCUGUUGAUUCUGUGUUGCAUAUCUCGUACAGUUCAUUUUGCAGAGAGGCGUUAGAUUGUGCAUGUACCUCGGGUAAACUGAUGUUAUAAUGAAUCAUGUUGGGAAUUCCACCUGUUUUCGACUGUCAAAGAUUUCUGAAGAGUAAAAUUUAGAGGAACAUUCUAGUUCAACAGUAAAUAAUGGCGGAUAUCUCAGAAGAAGCGGGGGUCUACAAGUUCAGGUUAUCAAGAUCGAUGUUCUCCUCGUCAUAUCUAGUACUAAUAACCGAUUAAUAUCAUUUGCCGGGACAGUCGGCCAUUUUCGGCUGGGCGGAGAGAGGCCGGCCAAUCAGCGGCGCCGCAAUAGGAUGACCGCAUUCCCAAUUGGACUCCCGA